UGGCCACAGUCCACAAUCCACAACUGGUCACGCGGUGCUUUAAUAUAUAUAAGGCACAAGUCGGUUCUCCUUAAUUCGCAACACCUCCUACAUUUCUUUCCAACUCCAACUUGCCGCCAUGCCUCCAACUCGCUCAGCUAGCCAACAGCGCUUUCUUCCAAACGAAUCGCCUACACGAAACGGCCGGUCAAAACCAAAAUCAAACUCGGCUACUAUUCCUGAACAUGAAGUCAUCGUUUUGUCUUCGGAUAAUGAGAAUGCCCGGCCCAGCAAAAUUGGUUCAUCAUCAAGAUCCAAAAGGAAGUCUUACAAGAAGCCCUAUCCGACGCGCGAAGUUCUGGAGAUAUCGUCGUCCUCGGAUGAAGGACCAAUGCUUCCAAAGGCGCUGGGAAAUGAUACCUCAUCUUGGCAGCGGGAGAAUUCAAAAAUCAAGCAGAUGAACGAAAACUUAGAGCGGCAGGUCGCUGACCAGCGCAUACAACUCGACAAUUUGAAGAUGCGUCUCGAGGAGCAAAAUCAAGAACUUGUUGCACAAUCUCAGGAAAUUGAUGCCAGUCAUCAGGAGAUCCACUCACAGCAGGAGAAACUUUCUGCCUUGCAAGCAAGAGACACAUCGGAAUCGACCAUAGAUGCUACCAAGUUGGGCGACAUGCUAUCUUGCGACAUAUGCGCGCAUUUGAUGUACUCUCCUUACCUUCUCCUUGAUUGCGGACACUCUUACUGCGAAGGAUGCCUCAAAGGCUGGCUCGACGAAACACUCACUAAACAUACACGCGCACAACCCGGAUACAACGUGAACCGCCGAUUUGUGCCUCGGAAUCUUCCUCAAGUUCUUAACGCCAUUAGUCCAUACAUCUCAUAUCCGAUUCAGAUGUCGCUGCAGGCGAUGUAUAAUGUUUCCCGACAACAGCAGCCGGAGUAUACCUGUCCAGGAUGUCGGACGGAGAUCACAGGAAAACCAGUUGUAAACUUUGCAGUCAAAGAUAUGGUUUCGAUCGUCGGGAGCGUUCUUCGGCAACCUGACACUCGCCGGGAGUCUUCUACUAUUGGUCAUGGACAGCAGGCAGGUCCAUUUGAUGGCUUUUUCCCUCGAUGAUUAGCUCUAGUGUAUUUUGAGUGUACUGUACAGAAAUUCUUCAUUCUUCUACGUUAUUCGCAUAUUCUAUCAUACGUAUGUAUACCAUAAACUACACUAUGGUACAACACCCGCACUGUAUGCAUCAUUAUACCAGACACAAUGUAAACAAGACAACAUGCUGAUUCACAUGAUCAAGACGGGCCAAGAAGGUAUAUAUAAUUACUUUGUCUUUGGUUUUGGCUUCAUUUUGGCCUUCUUCAGGUUUGCUGAUGUAGGCCCCUCAAUUAUUUCCACCUCGUCAUCAUCAUCCACAGAAGCCGAAGCUUUUCGUUUGCGCCCUGCCGCUGGACCAGAACCAAUACUACUCUCCCCGGUACCUUCCCUCGUAGAAACGGCAGACCGAUUGCCCGAGAGCGAUCCUGGACUACGACGUACCGAACUGACCGAUCCUCGAGAACGCACUGACGAAGCAGGC